AUGGACAACAGGGGUGCUGACAGGCGGCCUCCCCGCUCAGCCCGCCCCACUUCCCAUUCAGCCUCCCCCAACCCCCAGCAGCAGCAGCAGCAGCAGCAGCCCCGCCCGCCUAUUCACCCAUCAGAGGGCUCCAAGGCCGGCGUCUCUUUUCAAGAUGUAGAGCAGGGCGACAGGAAGGGUCAUCUUGACGACCAUAGGCAGCGCAGCGCCUCCGCUUAUGUCCCCCAGCUCUUGAGCGGCGAUCCAGAGCACUCGGACCAGUUCGACCCUGCGCGUGUGGCGAGGAAGAAAAGUCUCGUGCGUCCAGAUCGCGAGAAGAUAGAUCCAGGUCACAGGCAAUGGCACUAUCGCAGUCAUGUAGCUCAGCUCGAGGAGGAGGGGGCAGGCAGAGUGGGCGUCAUGCCGUCAUCCACAGGAAACUACCCUCAGCUGCGCAGAGGUCGUUCUCUUCUUGCCCGAGAAGAGGAUGUACACGAGUCAGGCCUUGCCCUUUUCAAACGCGGCCACACCCUUCGAAGGAAACGCCAGCAGCCUUCCACAUCUUCUGCGCCUCCGAUUCCAGAGCCCAAGAAAAAAUCAGGGCUAUGGAAGGGCCCUGGUCCUGGUGGUCCCUGGAUGACUUACUGUAUGCUCCUUACUAUCUUGGUCCCCUCAUUUCUCUUAAAGUCUUGUGGAAUCCGCAGUCCAGAACAGCAGCGAGCCUGGAGGGAAAAGAUGGGACUUUUAUCCAUUAUUGGAGCACUGAUGGCUGGCGUCGGUUUUCUCACCUUUGGUUUCACCAUAAGUGUCUGUGGGAAACCUCCUAAUCGAUUUCAUGGUGGUGCCAUUGGUGACGACCACAUUGGAAAUGGCUCAGUUGUUAUCCAUGGCUAUGAUUACAACUUCACAAACUUCCGUCAUCCAGCGGCCGGCAGUACCUUUAAUGGUACCACCAACCCUUUGUUGACUGGUGGUUGGAAUCUCGCUGGCAACGAUGCUUCGUUUUUAUUCCAAAAGACAAAUCAAAACUGUUUGGGAUUGAUUACGCGCGCCUCUAGCUCCAGCAUCACCGGCAAUGGCAACCGUCUUGACUGGUACUUCCCCUGCAACAUCUUCAGUCAGUACGGUGCAUCUGGUGCCAACAUUACGGGAUACGAAACGCCGACGAAUUGCCAUCUUACCUCCAAUGCUCGCGCAUUACUGGAAAGAGUGCAAGUUCUUGGUCAGGUCUACUACACAUGGGACGAUAUCAAGAAUCCAAAACGCAACUUGGCUGUAUACGGGUCUACCGUUCUCGACCUCAACCUGCUCAACUGGCUCAGUGGGGCACAAGUAAACUACCCCAAGAUCUUUGACGACAUGAAAACACCCAACGGGACCUUCAAUGGUAAAGAUCUGACCAUGCUCUUCGAGCGCAGCAAGCAGCAGCAACUUGGACAUUGCUUGCAAGAUAUUGUCAACAUUGGGUUCAUCGACACCAACUCGAUCGGUUGCGUUGCUUCGUCAGUCGUCUUGUACCUCUCCUUGAUUUUCAUCAUUGGUGUUGUCGGCAUUCGUUUCAUUAUGGCCGUCAUGUUCCAGUGGUUCUUCUCUUGGAAGCUUGGGAAUUUCCCUCGCGAAACUUACGAGCAGCGGAUGCAAAGGUCUACUGAAAUCGAAAACUGGACGAACGACAUUUAUCGCCCCGCUCCCAGUGAACUUCGUCCUAAUGUCAACAAGAACGGCCUUCGGCCAGGAAAGGGCAAUCGAAAGACAUUCUUGCCCAGCCAUUCUCGAUUCACUCCAUCCGAUAAUCUUUUGAAGACAACAGGAGGCAGACCGACUACCGCGUACGGCAUGCUUGAUUCAUCAAACACAAACUAUAAACGUUCCACAAUGUAUUCAACCAAAGGUGGGAAAGGCACACCACCUGACUCACCAAAUUAUAGACAGUCCAGGAGCACAAUGUCACUUGCGGAAGGAUCUCCUCGUGGUAAUUUCGCCGACAAUCCUUGCCCCUUCCCAUUGAUCAACGUCGUGCCACAACCUCCUAUCGACUAUGAGCCUUUUAAUUUCCCUUUGGCACACACUAUUUGCCUUGUCACAGCCUAUUCCGAGUCGGUUGAAGGUUUACGGACGACUCUUGAUUCUCUGGCGACUACAGAUUACCCCAAUAGUCACAAGGUUAUUCUUGUCAUUGCCGAUGGUAUGGUCAAGGGUGCUGGCAAUACGAUGACGACGCCGGAGAUUUGUUUGACGAUGAUGAAGGAAUUCAUCAUCCCUGUCAACGAAGUCGAACCUCACUCCUAUGUCGCUAUCGCUGACGGUCACAAACGACACAACAUGGCCAAGGUGUAUGCAGGUUAUUAUGAUUAUGAUGACGCUACGACAGAACGCUCGAAACAGCAACGUGUUCCCAUGGUCCUUGUCGCCAAAUGUGGUAAUCCUCUCGAGGCUAACGACCCCAAGCCAGGAAAUCGUGGCAAGCGCGACAGCCAGAUUGUGCUUAUGGCAUUCCUACAGAAGGUCAUGUUUGACGAGCGUAUGACGACAUUCGAGUACGAAUUCUUCAACUCUCUUUGGCGUGUUACAGGAGUCAGUCCAGAUCGGUACGAGCUUGUGCUCUGUGUAGAUGCGGAUACAAAGGUUUUCCCGGAUUCGUUGACGCGUAUGGUCAGUUGUAUGAUUCAUGACGAAGAUAUCAUGGGUCUCUGUGGAGAAACGAAGAUUGCGAACAAGGCAGAAACCUUUGUGACAAUGAUGCAAGUCUUUGAGUACUAUAUCUCUCACCACAUGACCAAGGCUUUCGAGUCUAUGUUUGGAGGUGUAACUUGUUUGCCUGGUUGUUUCACCAUGUACCGCAUCAAGGCCCCUAAAGGCGACUCCGGUUAUUGGGUGCCGAUUCUCGCCAACCCCGAUAUCGUGGAGCACUAUUCAGAGAAUGUGGUCGAUACCCUUCACAAAAAGAACUUGCUUUUGCUCGGAGAGGAUCGAUAUCUCACGACCCUCAUGUUGAAGACUUUCCCAAAGCGCAAGAAUGUAUUCUGCCCUCAGGCUGUUUGCAAGACUGUUGUUCCCGAUACAUUCCGCGUUUUACUGUCCCAACGUCGUCGCUGGAUCAACUCAACGAUACACAAUUUGGCAGAACUUUUGUUAGUUCGCGAUCUUUGCGGUACUUUCUGUUUCUCAAUGCAAUUCGUGGUUGGAAUGGAAUUGGCUGGAACCCUCGUCCUCCCUGCGGCUAUCGCCUUUACCCUAUACCUCAUCGUAGUCUCUAUCAUUCCGGGAGGAACAAACACCACUAUUCCUUUGAUCCUUUUGGCCAUUGUGCUUGGUCUUCCGGGUCUGUUGAUUGUUGUCACCUCGCGCAAAAUUGCCUACGUAGGUUGGAUGUUGGUCUAUCUCAUCUCUCUGCCCAUUUGGAACGGACUGCUUCCCGCUUAUGCCUUUUGGCACUUCGACGACUUCUCAUGGGGAGAAACAAGAAAGGUCCUCGGUGAUAAAGGUGGUGAUCACGGUGAUAAGGAGGGAGAGUUCGAUUCUUCGCAUAUUGUGAUGAAACGAUGGGCAGAAUUUGAGCGUGACCGUCGCUGGAAGAGCGGGACGCAGUCAAGAGAUUCUACCUACGAGAGGAAGACUGAUAGUAACCGUUAUUCGCUGGCAUCCAAUUCUGACCUUACACAUCAACCACCUGCAUUUGACGCGAGUACUUUGGAAUCUGCGAAUUAUAGCAACCCUCGUCCAAGACAUGAUAGCAAUGCCCUGCUAAUGCUCCCUGCUCCGCUAGCCGUCAGCAACAGGCAGUUAAUGUCUUCCGCGUCUUCUGUUGGAAUGUCAAGGUCAAGCGAAGAUGCCAAUUACCCCCCGGAUAAUGGCUCGGGAUCCAACCUCCGUCUAAUUCCAAGUCCCCAGACGAAUGAUAGUUACACGACAGAGACAUCCGAGUCUCCGUCGGCCAAUCAACGCCUCCUUUCUCCAACCUCUCCCUUCGACCCGCGCUUCAGCCGACAAGGCCCGAGUCCUCAACCGCCCUCCGAUCCGCAAAACCCGUUCCGAUCACAAACGACAUCACCUACGAAUUACGACGAACACACACCAUUUGUGCCGGACUACGAUGACCCCACCGGACGAGGGGGACGAGGAGUGCGGCUUAUGGACUCUGGACCUGUUCCUGGUCCGGAAGGUGUGCGCCGUGUUGCACGACAAGCAGGCAGACGGCCAACAUCGCAAGCUCCUCCCCAAAACCGUUACUCUCGAAGUUCGACGGUGUUUUCUCUCCCGCCGGGUGCAGCACCACCGCAGCCAAAUUAUGGCAGCCCUCCACAGUGA